UUAUAUUUGUUACAAGUUAACAAUACAGAAUUUUGUAAUUUUAUGAUGGAGUCUAUUUAUGCUGAGAGUACACCAGUGAGAGAAUUUAAGAAACAAAUUAUUGAAGAAGCAAAAGUACAAGGAAUUGACUGUGUCUUUGAAUUAGACAAAAUGAGAUUACGUGAUAAGAUAGUAAUGUCCCCUGGUUCAAUAUAUCUUGAUUAUCAGCAGAUUCAUGCUAGUAUGGAACUAUAUGUGGAACCAUUGAAAGGACCAGAGAAGGAGGAUGGAGCACAGAUACAGGUGUAUGUUAUAAGAUGGCGUCCAUCACAAUGUUCAGUUGAUCCAAUAGAAGAAAUUAUACUGGAUGAUAGAUAUGACUUUAAGUAUAUUAUUAAAAAGCUUUUGGAGUUAAGUGGAGUUCCUGUUGAGUAUAUCUCUUUUUCACUGGAGGGAAGAUCUUUUCCGGUUGAGAUAUCAUGUCUUAAUAUUGAGAAUAAGUUAAAAUGGUAUUCCAUCACUUCAGACAGACCAUACUCAUUAGGACUAUAUGUUGAUGGAUAUUGGGAUGGAGAUGUCAUAUAUUAUAAAGACAAUAGAGAGACAAUGAAAGAGUUAACAGAUAAAGAGAGAUCAGAAAUACAAGAGGCAGAGGAAGCAAGGUCAGUAAACCUCAUGUUUCAUCAUGUACAUGUACAAUCA